AUGGGAGAUCUUCCUGAGGAUUUGCUACUGGACAUACUCUCUAAGGUUCCGAGAGCAUCUCUGGCAAAAUUUCGAUUGGCAUCCAAAGGAUGGAAAGAUCUGAUAAAGAAAGAUGGGAGACUUGUGAUGAAGUCUCUGGUUAUCAUGUUGAUUAAAUCUAGGGUUUAUGUAGCUAGGUUUGAUCCCCAUGGCAGUCACAAAAACGUUAUAAAGGUAAGCAGUCAAAUCAGACUCAAAGACCCUUUUUCUAAAGAAGUCAAUAUACACAACGUCUUCCACUGCGAUGGUUUAUUGCUAUGCACCACGGAGGACAAAAGACUGGUUGUUUUGAAUCCGGUUUCAGGUAAAACCAGUUGGGUCAAACCUAGAAUUUCACACGAGAACAUCUGUAUUUAUGCUCUCGGUAGAUCCUCGUGCAACAAGUACAAAAUCUUGAGGAUAAAUAAAUUCCUUUAUAUGGAUGGAGGCCAAGUUGAUUACGAAAUCUAUGACUUUAACACAAAGUCGUGGAGGGUUACUGUUGGUGAGAAUAGAGACUGGUUCCUUCUAGGGUUAUGGCCGCUAUGUGGCAUGUCUGUGAAUGGAAAUACUUAUUGGCUUGCUGAUGAUAUAGGUGGGCUAUGCCAAUGCAUAAUAAGUUUUGAUUUUGCAGCCGAGAGAUUCGGGCGUGUGUCUCUUCCUUAUAAUCGUCUUUCUUAUGAUGCUUUUGGUUUAUCGGUGACAAGAGAAGAGCAACAACUUUGUCUGCUAACUAGGAGCAGGAGCAGAGAGGUAUUAGAUUUAUGGAGGGCAACUAAGAUUGAGAGUAGCGGAGCCACGUCAUGGGGAAAGUUCCUAUCAGUGGAUUUAGCCGAUCUCAGUCAUCCUUUGGACUUGCAGGUUGGGAUGAAUUUCGUGGCCGACCGAGAGAAUAAAGUUUUAGUACGUCCCGGUAAACCCGGUAAACAUAAGAACUCUCACAGAUUCUUCGUACGUCUCCGUAAACAUAAGAACUCUCACAGAUUCUUACACAUUGUGGGAGAAGACAUACACAUAAAAGUGGAUGGUGAUGAUGGAGGAUCUAAGUGCUCAGUUCUCGUCAGUUAUGUUCCAACUUUGGUUCAAAUCCAAUAA